CAUUUCGAUUGUCAUAACAUAUAUCACCAAAACUCAUUUGCGUUUUUAAGUUUUUAAUGGAACAGAGGCACACCAAACUCAUUUGUGUUUCGAAGUUUUUGCUGUUCAUGUUGGAGGUAGACUCAAAGUUCUUCAGGACUUAGCUCACUAGCUGACUCUGCAUCCCCAAAAGGUCGCUGUAUGGUUUCAGAAUAGACGAGCCAGGUCCAACACCAAGCAUUACGUUGGAUGCCGGUUACGAGUCUCUUGAGCCUCCUCCCUAUGGACAGAACCGCGUCCUUCAUCUUUCUUUACAACAGCUCACAUGGUGUCACUGAAAACUGGUUUUCUGCAGCUGCAGGAGAACCAAGUAUUGAUAUGGAGACUAUAAAAGCAGAGCCAUAGUGUCUGAUUAAACGAAGCAGAGCCAUAGUAUCUGAUUAAACUACAAAUCUGUAUGAUCCCUUGGUAGUUGAAAUAGUAAAAGCGUGA